ACGAGUCUUCUGUCUCUCUCAGCUCAUGAUCAGCAUCAUCUCUGAAACCCUUCCUCCUCCUCCUCCUCCUCCUCCUCCUCCUCGAUCAUCAGUGUCUCCCGGUACCGGUGUCUCCGGCGCGAUGCAUGAUGGGUCAGGCGUGCGGACACUCGCUGCUCUGCCGUAGCCAGCAGUACCGGACCGAACUACGCGGACAGCAAGUGUUUCUGAGAGCCGACGACACACCUGCCCUGCCCUCCCUACAGGAUGCAUUGCUGCAGCUGGCCUCCAUUGUUGACGUCAGCAGCCUUCAGACGACCAUCAAAGAUGUGCUCGGAGUCGUCCUGCCAAACGUGGAGUGUGUGUUCGUGUACCUGUUGGAGGCGGAGUCUCGGCUGCGAUGUGAGGAUCCGCCCCAUGAGGUGCCUUCAGAGGGCAAGCUCAGAGACGCGGUGAAGCAGCAGAAGAGACUGCAGUGCUCCGGCCUGCCAUCAGCAGAACUACACCAGAACCAGAGCGGCUCACUGACCGCACCACUGCCGGCACACAGACAAGCGCUCAUCAUUCCUCUGGUGGACCCUGAUGAAGCGAAGGUGAUCUCUCUGAUUCUGCUCUGCUGUAAACCACUGACAGAACAAGAUGAACAAAACCUCACCAUCCUGGAGAAACAUCUCACUGUGGCCUGUAAGCGAGUCAGAGACAUUCAGAGAUGCUCCAAACAUCCACACGCUCAAUCCCACAAUGCACCAGCGUAUCCCAAACCCCAGCCACAGCCAGAGGACUACAGAGAGCUCGACCGCAAGAUCCUACGGCUGUGUGGUGAGCUGUACGAUCUGGACGCCGCCUCCCUUCAGCUGAAAGUCAUCAAUUAUCUGCAGACAGAGACUCGGUCGCAGUGCUGCUGUUUACUGCUGGUCUCUGAAGACAACCACCAGCUCUUCUGUCAGGUUGUCGGAGAUAAGGUUCUGGAAGAGGAAAUCAGUUUUCCACUUAUGUUCGGUCGGUUCGGGCAGGUGGUGGAGACAAAGACAUCCAUUACACUACAGGACGUCAGCCAGGAGGAGCGCGGGUUACUGAGCAGCUUGUUGGGGUUCGAGCCGAACUCGAUGCUCUGUGUUCCUGUCACCAGUCAAGCCACUGGACAGGUGGUGGCGCUAGCGUGUACCUUCAACAAACUGGGCGGACAGAGGUACAUGGAGGCGGAUGAGCAUGUGAUCCAGCACUGUUUCUGUUACACGUCCACGGUUCUCACCAGCACACUGGCCUUCCAGAAAGAGCAGAAACUCAAGUUUGAGUGUCAGGCUCUGCUGCAAGUGGCUAAAAACCUCUUCACACACCUCGAUGACGUGUCUGUAUUACUGCAGGAGAUCAUCAUCGAGGCCAGAAACCUGAGCAACGCUGAGAUUUGUUCUGUGUUCCUGCUGGAUCACUUCAGUCAUGAACUCGUGGCUAAAGUGUUUGAUGGAGGAGUCGUGAACGAUGACGAGAAGGAGUUUCGUAUCCCGGCGGAUCAAGGCAUCGCUGGUCACGUGGCCACUACUGGGAAAAUCCUAAACAUCAAGGAUGCGUAUUCCCAUCCUCUGUUUUACCGCGGUGUGGACGACAGCACGGGCUUCAGGACGCGAAACAUCCUCUGCUUCCCCAUCAAAGAUGAGAACGAAGAGGUGAUCGGUGUGGCAGAACUGGUCAAUAAAACGAACGGGCCGUGGUUCAAUCGUUUCGAUGAGGAUCUGGCAACGGCGUUCUCCAUCUACUGUGGCAUCAGCAUCGCUCAUUCUCUGCUGUAUAAGAAGGUCCAUGAGGCUCAGUUCCGCAGUCAUCUGGCCAAUGAGAUGAUGAUGUACCACAUGAAGGUUUCGGAGGAGGAGGUCACUAAACUCCUGCACAGCGGCAUCGAGCCGGUCCAGAAAAUCCAUCCGGACUUCUCCGAGUUCACGUACACGCCUCGCUCUCUGCCCGACGACAGCACGCCUAUGGGCGUCCUGAGCAUGCUUGAAGACAUGGGCUUCAUCAACACCUAUAAGCUCGACCUCCACACAUUAGCCAGGUUUUGUCUGAUGGUGAAGAAGGGCUACAGAGACCCUCCGUAUCAUAACUGGAUGCACGCUUUCUCCGUCUCACACUUCUGCUACCUGCUCUACAAGAACCUCCAACUGUCCAACUACCUCGAAGAUAUAGAGAUCCUGGCGCUCUUCGUGUCCUGCAUGUGUCAUGAUCUGGACCACCGAGGAACCAACAACUCCUUCCAGGUGGCCUCGCAAUCUGUUCUGGCAGCCCUUUACAGUUCAGAGGGAUCUGUGAUGGAGAGACAUCACUUCGCUCAGGCCAUCGCCAUCCUCAACACACACGGCUGCAACAUCUUUGAGAAGUUCUCCAGAAAGGACUAUCAGCGGAUGCUGGAUCUGAUGAGAGAGAUCAUCCUGGCCACAGAUCUGGCUCAUCACCUGAGGAUCUUCAAGGACCUGCAGAAGAUGGCUGAUGCCGGUUACAACCCGAGGAGUCAAAGCCAUCGCAGUCUGCUGCUGUGUCUCCUCAUGACCUCCUGUGACCUCUCUGACCAGACCAAGGGCUGGAAGACCACCAGGAAGAUCGCGGAGCUGAUCUAUAAAGAGUUCUUCUCUCAGGGCGAUCUGGAGAAGGCGAUGGGAAACAGACCCAGCGAGAUGAUGGACCGUGAGAAAGCCUACAUCCCUGAACUCCAGAUCAGCUUCAUGGAGCACAUUGCCAUGCCAAUAUACAAGCUCCUGCAGGAGAUUUUCCCGCGUUCGGCCGAGCUUUACGAGCGCGUGGCCGCCAACCGCGAGCAGUGGGCCAAAGUCUCGCACAAGUUCACCAUCCGCGGACUACCGAGCAACAACUCGCUGGACUUCCUGGACGAGGAGUUCGAGCUGCUGCAGUCUCAGGGAGCCUUCGGAGACGACUCGCACCGCAUGAACGGAUGCCUGGACGACGACUGCGACAAACACGGCCAGUGACGUCGCUAGGGCAAAGGUCACCUGAUGGAUUCUGUCUUGGUGAAAUACCGACGAGGCUUUGAGGAACGCUUCAUUGUUGCCUUCUUGCCGUUGCUGUGGAGACGCGUCUUGCUCAGUGGAGAACGAUGGAUGGUGUCGCGCAGUCGGAGGAGUGUGUAAUAAUACGCAAACAUUACGACUGAAAAGAGUGAUGUUCUCAGUGGCCACGUUGUAAUAGCUAAACAUAUUCUAUUCUAAAUGAAACAACUCGUUGUAGGAAACGUAACAAGUCCAGCAGCCCAGCGUUACAUUUUUAAAAGCGGUAACAAACACGGGUGUUUAGAACUUGUAACAAAUACAGCUGCCUGGUGUUACAUUUGUUUUAAACUUGUGACAGUUCCAGGAUCCUGGUGUUACAUUUUUAUCACUCCUAACAAUUCCAGAUACCCAGUGUAACGUUUCUAAAGAUUGUAGUGAUUCCAGCUGCUUGGUGUUAUUUUUUUGUUUUUGUACAACUUUUAACAGUGUAACACCAGCUGCUUGAAUUGUUACGUUUUAAAAUCUUUGUAACAAUUUCAGAAUCAUGGUGUUACACUUUUAGAACUUGUAACAAGUCCAGCUGCGUGAUGUCACAGUGUUACAUUUUUAAAACUCAUAACAAUUCCAGCAGCCCGGUGUUACAUUUUUAACUUUGCAAUAAUUCCAGCUGUCUGCUGUUGUAUUUGUACAACUUGUAACAGUGUAACACCAGUUGCUGGAACUAAUACGUUUUUUACACUUUCUAGCAAUUUCAGCAGCCUGGUGUUACAAUUUUAGGUAACACUUUAUUUAAAGGUGUCCUUGUUACACAUGUAUUUACUAUUAUAAUAACAAUUAUUUAUGCAUAAUUACAUGCAAGCAACCAUUAUCCUAACCCUAACUGUAUAGUAAGUAGGUAAUUACUUAAUAUUACUCAGUACUUAAAUGUAUAAGUACACUAGAACAAGGACACAUUAAAAUAAAGUGUAACCCAUUUUUACAACUUGUAACACCAGUUGCUGGAAUUGUUACAUUUUUAACACUUAGAAGCGAUUCCAGCAGCCUGGUGUUACUCUUCUAGAACUUGUUACAUUUCCAGCAGCCCGGUGUUACAUUUUUAGAAUUGUUUUGUAGUAGUUGUUAUUUUGUUACACAUCAGACGAAGCCACUGUUUUCUUUUCAGCGUUUGUAGCGUACAGAAAUUGUCAGACGAGACAAAUCCUUUUGAUAAUUUAUCUUUUACUUUCAACAGAUUUCACCCCUCAGACAUAAGUUGUCCCUGUUUACACAGAAAAACGCAACACAGCAACAUUUCUCCAUUCCCCGAAUCCCAAAACAAUCAUUGAACAUCUCAGUCAAGCGAGCAGCGGCUGGCGGCCAGAGAGCGAUUAGAGCGUGUGUGUGUGUGUGUGUGUGUGUGUGUGUUUCCGGACGCGCCGUAGAGGAACUUUCUGGAUCUGUACAUAUAGUUGUGUGUUUUAAAGGGCUACGCAGCCCUCACACUUUUCUUUCUCAGGAUGGCAGAAUGUGUGCGUCUAAUGGAUCUUGCCUUACAAAUGUUUGCGUUGCCUUCCUGAGUGACUUUAAAAAGAGAUCUAUGUAUAAAACCGUUCAGUUCUGAAGCUACAUGGAUAUACAGAGAUAUCUAUCCGGAGUGUGUGUGUGUGUGUGUGUGUGUGUUUGCACAGGUGUGACUCUAAGUGCAUUUGCCAAAAUCUGCAUAGGACAGAAAAAAAAAAAGUGAUGUCAGUUUGCUUUUACUAGCUUCUCUCGCACGGGUCGCUAACAUUAACCUGUGUCAGUUUCACAAAAACUCAAAAAAAUUAAUAAUGUUAUGAUCUAAAAUAAGCCUGUUUUAAAGACCAUUAUCAUUGUAACAUUAAUGAAACGUCCUUAAAUUUAUUUACAAUUUUUUUUAUUCAUUACAGUAUAUAUAUAUAUAUAUAUAUAUAUAUUUAUAUUUAUAUACUGUAUGUUUAAUUUUCAUUACAUUAAUGCAUAAUGGAACAAUUUUAAUGGUCCUAAAAAACCUCUUCAUGCAAUCCCCCCCCCCCCCCCAAGUUUUUUCAUUUAUAUAUAAAUAUUUUAAAAUACUUUUUGUUAGAAUUUAUUUUUAUUAUUAUUACUUUUAGUGGGUUAUUUUUUUCAGGAGAAACUCAUGUUCCUGAAGCAUUGAGGUUUAUAUAUUUACGAUAACUCAGUCAAGCGUAGAAAUAAAACGUGUCCAUGUGAGGGAUUGUUAGGGAUUUUUGGCUUCAAACAUUUAGUUUUUCUAACAACUUCUGCUGUAUUUGAAAAAAAUAUAUAUAUUUAAAAAAAAGAGUUCAUGCUCGCAGUCAACUUUAAAUAAUGUAAAUGCUUUCUUAUAGAGUUCCCAUUGUAUUUUAGUUAAUAAUUAUUACAGAUAAGAUGCUAUUGUUUUCUUGUGCAAUAAGUGUUUUUUGCGUCGCCUUGUGUACAGAACAUCCAUUUCUAAAUUAUGACUUUUUACACACACAUGUUGAUUUAAUGAAUCUAUUUUCUGGUAUUUGUACCUGUAGGUGAGGGUAAAUAACAUUGGUUUUCUUUGGUUUGGAAUAAAAACCUUCUCUUGUGUCA